CGAGGGAUGAUUCGCAGAUCUUCGUGAAAUUCUUCCGAUUCCACCAGUGCUACGACUUGAUCCCAACGUCUGCUAAGCUCGUGGUCUUCGACAUCCAGCUCCUCGCGAAGAAGGCGUUCUUCGCUCUCGUCAGCAAUGGCGUUCGAGCUGCACCGCUUUGGGACAGCCAGAAAGGAAAGUUCGUCGGCAUGCUUACGAUCACUGAUUUCAUUAAGAUCUUGCAAAUGAACUACAUGCAUUCUGGCGUCGCUAUGGAAGAAUUAGAGAACCAUAGCUUGUACACUUGGCGCGAUCUACUGAACGAUCUCGAGAAGCCUCUCGUCUCUAUAACGCCAGACGAUUCUUUGUACGAUGCCAUAUAUACUAUAAUACAUAAUAAAAUACAUCGACUGCCAGUAAUAGAUCCUGCAACUGGUGAUGUCUUGUAUAUCAUAACACAUAAGAGGAUACUCCGAUUCCUUUUCUUAUAUAUUAAUGAAUUACCGAAGCCGAGAUACGUGAACAGUUUACUUCGCGAUCUGGAUAUUGGUACAAUGGAUAACAUAGAGACGGCUACAGAAGACACGACCAUCAUUCAGGCACUGCACAAGUUCGUUAACAGAAGAGUGUCAGCUUUGCCUGUUGUUGAUAGUGAAGGACGACUUAAAGAUAUCUAUGCGAAAUUCGACGUUAUUAAUUUGGCGGCAAAAAGGACUUACAAUAACUUGGACGUGACCAUAAAAGAGGCCAACAAACAUAGGAACGAAUGGUUCGAAGGAGUUUACAAAUGCAAACUUGAUGAGACGUUAUAUGAUAUUAUGAAGAGGAUUGUAAGAGCAGAA